AUGUCAUCUCAUGAUUGCAGGCUCCAGAUCGCAUUCUUUGCAGUGUUGACCUGCGGACGAUGUGCUUCCGAUGGUUAUGUGACCGAUAAAAGUACAGGCAUCUCUUAUCGUCUGGUGUACAACGCCCAGCCCUGGCCGAUAGCCAGGCAGAAGUGUGAGGAUGAAGGAGCAAAACUGGCUGUCCCCAAAACACAGGAGCAGUUCUUGUUCUUGCAGAAGUUAGUCCGAGCGAUGCACUACCCUCGCAUCAAAAACAGUAGUCUGGAGAUGCUUGUGUGGCUCGGGAUCAAUAACCUCCAGAAUUAUACUGUAUGGACGAAUAUUGACGGAGAGAACAUCUCUGACACCGGCUUCCAUAUGUGGGCAGGUCACAACGGACAAGGAUACAGCGACGCCCCCGAGGAGCCCCACUGUGUCGGUAUGGACGCCAUGAACCCGGGCCUCAGAGACUUCUGGUGUCACCAGCACCAACCUUACUUCUGUCAGAAAACAUUGACCUGA